GCGACCUAACGAGCUCCGUAGCUGUUGACUACCGCCGCAACACAAGUCUUUUGAGGAUUUUCUGAUGGGAGUACCGUCGUUCUACAGAUGGUUAAUUGAGAGGUACCCAUUGAUUCUGCAAGAUGUCAUCGAAGAAGAACCUCUCGACGUCAAGGUUCCGGUCGAUACUAUCAAACCUAAUCCUAGCUGCGUCGAGUAUGACAAUCUGUACCUCGACAUGAAAAUAAUCAUUCAUCCUUGUUUCCAUCCUGAAGACAGAGGUUCUCCAACAACGUUUUCAGAGGUGUUUCAAUGCAUGUUUUAUUACAUAGACAGACUUUUCGUCAUGGUUCGACCUCAGAAGCUGUUAUUUUUGGCUAUUGAUGGUGUUGCUCCAAGGGCUAAGAUGAAUCAACAAAGAUCCAGAAGGUUUCGAGCAGCAAAAGAUGCAGCAGAGGCCGCUUCUGAAAAAGAGCGACUGCGUCAAGAGUUUGAGAGUGAAGGGAGGAGGUUACCUCCUAAACUGGACUCUCAAGUUUUUGACUCUAAUGUUAUGACUCCUGGAACGGAGUUCAUGUCUACUCUUUCAUUUGCGUUGCAAUACUACAUUCACGUUAGACUUAACUCUGACCCUGGUUGGAAAAAUAUUAAGGUUAUCCCCUCAGAUGCUAAUGUUCCCGGUGAGGGGGAACACAAGAUCAUGUCUUACAUACGUCUUCAAAAGAACCAUCCUGGUUACAACCCCAACACUUGUCAUUUUCUGUAUGGUUUGGACGCCGACUUGAUUAUGCUGGCUUUGGCCACACACGAAGUUCAUAUUUCUAUCCUUCGUGAGGUUGUUUUCACUCCUGCACAACAAGACAAAUGCUUCUUGUGCGGUCAGCGGCACUGGGCAGCAGAUUGUGAGGGCAAGGUAUAGAGCAAGACAGGAGACUUGUCUGAUAAAGCUGAGACAGAUGUUGUGGCUAAGAAGCCAUACCAGUUCGUCAAUAUCUGGACGCUUCGAGAGUAUUUGGAGCACGACAUGCAGAUACCUAACUCGCAAUUGCAAAAAAAUUUGGACCGCAUAAUUGAUGACUUCAUCUUCAUCUGUUUUUUUGUUGGCAAUGAUUUCCUGCCACAUAUGCCUACACUGGAGAUACAGGAAGGUGCUAUAUAAUUACUUAUGUCCGUGUACAAGAAGGAAUUUGGAUCAAGUACAAGUUACUCAAGUAAUGGAAGCAAGCUGAAUUUAAAAAAUAUGGAGCAUUUUAUCCAGGCCGUUGGGCUCUGAAAUAAUAUAUUUCAAAGAAGAGCACAAAACCAUCAGAGGCAAUCGGAAAGGUUUAGUCGUGACCGAGCUCAAUCGAGCAGAAAUCGUAACUAUGACCCGGUUGUGCAACUAGAUUCUCUAGUUGAAGUGUCCGAUUCAUUGCGUCCGUCAUUUGACAAUAACACUAGUGUGGCGAAUGUGGAAACAUAGUAUAACAUCCAAGAAGAAAUAGAUAACAGAGAACAAUUGAAGUUUAAGCUUAAGAAACUGUUGCGGGAAAAAUCAGAUGGGUUCAGUUCAGGAAAAGGCGAAGAAGAUAAGGUGAGGCUAGGUGUACAAGGAUGGAGGGAGAGAUACUACGAGGAGAAAUUCAUAGCUAAGACUAUAGAGGAAAUGGAACAAAUAUGCAGAGAUGUUGUUUUGAAGUAUACAGAAGGUCUUUGUUGGAUAAUGCAUUACUAUUAUCAUGGUGUUUGUUCAUGGAAUUGGUCAGUUUAUCCUUAUCAUUAUGCACCUUUCGCAUCUGAUCUCAAGUUCCUUGAUAAGCUAGAUAUUAAGUUCGAACUAGGUUCCACAUUUAAACAAUUCAAUCAGCUUCUUGCAGUUCUUCCAUCUGCAAGUGCACAUGCUCUCCCAGAAUGUUUUAGGAAACUGAUGACAGAUCCAAGUUCACCCAUAGCUGAGUUAUAUCCUCCCGAUUUUGAGAUUGACAUGAAUGGAAAGCGCUAUUCUUGGCAGGGUAUAGCAAAACUGCCUUUUAUAGAAGAACAGCGUCUUCUGGAUGCAGCCGCAAAAUUGGAGCACUCACUGACGAACGAAGAAGUUCGAAGAAACAAUGUUUUGUCUGACAUGCUCUUUGUGGUUUUAUCUUAUCCGCUUGCUGAGCUCAUCCGUUCUCUUAGUAGCCGCACUAUUAAAUUGAGCAACAAAGAACGAGCAACAGUUAAAGAAAAAAUUGACCAUGGACUAAGUGAAGGGAUGAAUGGUUACUUGGCGUUAUGUGGUGGAGAUCGUCAGCAUUCAUGCUUCAGCUCCCCCAUCGAGGGGAUGGAAGAUGUAUUAGCCAAUCAAGUGAUUUGUGCCAUAUACAAACUUCCAGAUGAUCUUAGAGGAAGCGACAUUGCUCGUCCACCUCCAGGAGUGGUGUUGCCUAAAAAGACUGUACAACUAGCGGAUUUGAAAGGUGGAGCUAAUCAAUGGCAUGAAGAUGGUGAUCGAAGACGAGCUCCUGCAAAGAUUAUAAAAAUAAGAGGUGAAGAUUAUGAAUCUUUUGUGGGAUCCAAAGUUUUGGAAGACCUUUUUGUGUUAAAAUCUGUUUUCUCACUGUUUGAGUAUCCAUUUCGGGGGAUAGGCUUGGGAAAGCAGCGCACAGAUCCGAAUACUAUAUUCCACAACAAUCAGGUGUCGAGAAAAGUCCCAUCACUCCGAGGGAGUGCGGUACAGAGGAAACACCCUCAGAGUGAAUUAGCGUUGAAGAAAAACAGAAGCCAUCAAAGUGAACUCACCGAGGAGGAGAAGACAUCAAUCAGAAAGCGCAAGGAAAAGGAGAAAAGAGGGAGAAAUAUGGCUAACAGAAGGGACAGAGCGAAGAAUGAGCAGCAAGCAAACAAAGGAGAAAGCAAUCUGGAAAACAAAAGGCCUCGAAGUGAAGUCAAUGAGGAGAACAGACUGGAACACAAAAGUCCUCGAUUCACUGAGGAGCGAAACAUAAACACUGAGGGUAAGGAACAAAACACAUGCGCUCAAAGCGAACUCACUGAGAAGAAUGCACGAAAGCGUAAGGAGAAGGAGGAGAAAAAGAGAAAUUUAGCUCAUAGAAGAAACAGAUCCAAAAUAUGAGCAAGUAAACGAAGGACUGUUAGAACCAAACAUUUUGAUACUCAAUUAAUGUUUUAGCGAUCGUUCCAUGCAUCUUUAGUUUCACAAGCUACCUUCCAUCCAUUGUACUUGUUGGUUUGUUUGUUGUGCUUUCAGUUGGUGUUAGUGUCAAACUAAUUUGUUGAGAUAAUCUGGAAUCAUAUAUGGUAA